AUGUCUUCUGAAGAAAAUGAAAAUGAAAAUAUAGUUGAAAUCGAAGAAACGGUAAUAAAUAUCUGUUUAUUUACAUUUUCACUUCUUUUUGUGUGUGACUUUUUGGGCGUUUUCUUCACUUUUUCAUGUUAUCGGGAAAUAAAAUUUGGAAAAAGGUGGAUUUCGAAACUUUUAGAAACUCUUUUAGAUUUUGUGUUUUGGAAUCUGAAAAAAUUAGAAACUUGGGAUAAACACAUUCGGGGUCCAUCAUCAACAAAUUUUCAAAGUUGGUCCGUGAUUUUAUUUUUCAAAAAUUUUUAAAAUCAUCCGGAAACCUUUUUUUGCAAAACCAGAAAUCUCAGUCUGUAUUUUACUACCUCAAGCCGUUAGACUUCCAAUUUUUCCAAACUUUUUUCUGGUAGAUCAAAAAAUUUUUUCUCUAAAUCUCUGCGUUGAUUUCAUCGAUUUUUAGUCUCACCACUUUUAUUGUGGGCGAUUUACAUCAGGCGCGUACCUAUUUUUAAUUUUUUAACCCCCUUUUCCUCUAAAAAUCUAAGCUUCUCCUCCCAAUUUAUUUUUUUUCUAAUGCUAAAAGAUGGACGGAAGACGGGUCUAUCUUUUUGAUGUUGUUUUCUAUCUAAUUAGCAUCAUUGACUAUAAGGAAAAGAUAUUUCACAUUACAUAUGUUAAUUUUCUCCAAAACGGAUUUAUUACAUCUUUCAUGAUGAAUGAGAGAAUGUCGUAUUUGAAAUAUAAAAAAAUUCUCAUUUUUUUCUUGAUAUCCCGCUGUUUUUUCUUGAUUUAUUUACUAUUUUUCAUCAAGUUGAUAAGAAAAAAUUUGAAACACUAACAAAAGUUUCAAAGUUUUAUUCAAAAUACUUAACCCAAUUUACUCUUUUUUCCCAAAAAAAACAUCCGAAGAAGGUCACUGUUUUUAAUGGGAAAGAGGCAAAAAAAAACUUGUUUUGAUUUGAAAUUUGCUGUUUUUUGUUUGGUCGCAACAAAAAAUUGUGUUUUUUUGGAGGAAGAAGAUUUUUCUUCAAAAAAACUUUCUAUCUGAGAAGAAUAUCAAUUAUUUAAAUUUUUUGUAGCUUCUGAUUUUUGCAGUUGUGCAUUGUUGCCACAAAAUUCUUCUAAUGAUAUUUUUUGAUCUUCAGAAAAAUUUUCAGUUUGAGUUACUGUAGUUAAAAAAUAUGAGGUUACUGUAGAAUUUGUCAAAUUGAAAAUAGUUCCAAGUUUGUUUCUCUCCAGUACAUUUUGCAGUUUCGGUUACUGUAGCUAAACAAUAUGAGGUUACUGUAGAAUUUGUUGAAUAAAGUUAGUCAGAAUUUUUUUGAUCUUCAUAAAAUUUUGCAGUUUGGCUACUGUGCCAACCAUUUUUUUAAUUGAAAAUCUGAAAAUCUUCCCCAAGAAGAAUAUCAUUUCGAGUUUUUUUUUUCGAAUAAAUAAAUUUGAUUUUUCAUGUAUCGCUCUCAUGUAUCCACACACAUCUAUCUGCUCAAAAAUCCAUGCGCAAAAAAAUUUUGUUUUCUCUCAUUUUCGUAAAAAAAAAAGUUCUCUCGUAAAACGAUACAUCGUUCAAUUAUUAGAGAGCACAGACAUUUCAAGAGUCACACACAACAAAAAAACGGCUUUGCCUCGUUUUUUUUUGUGCGCAGAUGAAAUGAUGAAAAGCAUACACAAAUAGACAAAUUUUGUCGAAAGAGAGCAAGAAGGUGUUUAAUUUGAAAUUGAGCACACUUUUUUUGUGAGAUUUUUUAUCACUGUUUUACGACUUCUACAAUGUUGUAUCUUCUCUCUUUUUCUAAUUAGCAAUAUGUGUUUUUUCUGAAGAGGACUAGUUUGAAAACAUAAAACCAAUAAUUAGAUACGAAAUCUACUAAUUAUGGUUUGUUUCAUCGUAAAACUUUUUUUCAGAAAACCUAUAUUUUCUGGGAGAUUUUUUUGAUAAACGAAUAUACAGUUCAAUUUUUUUUAUGUUUUUCAAAAUCCCAAAUAAAUUAUGCUAAUUAAAAAUUAAAAUGUAAUGAAUCCAACAGUAUAAUCCAUUUAUUUUGCCUCUCACACCUGCCGCCUGCUAAUAUUUACUUUUAUCUGUCUGUUUUCUUUUUCUGUGUCUUUUUUCUCCAUUUUUAGUCGGAUAUUCAAUUUCACAUCUUCUCCUCUCUUCCUCCAUUAUUUUUUCGUGUUUGUGUAUCUUUUUUCAUUUUUUUUCUUGCAUUUUUACUAUUUUUAUACAGUUGGGGAAAGGAAAAUGAAUUAGAACAAGACUAGAGUGUAUUUAGAAUUUUUGAAUUUACAUAUAUUUUGAAAUUCGCAAAAAUACCGUGAGAUCUCGAGAUUCUAUACAGUAACCCAAAAUUUGCUUAUCAAACUAGACUACAAUAUUCAGAAUCCCUCCUAGUCAACUCAAGAGUUUUUUAAAGUCAGGGCUGAACCUUUUGUGAACUACCAAGGUUAACUUUAUUCCCAAAAAAAAAUCUUUGGACCUUUUAAAUUUCCCGAAUCAGUGUUUUUUCCCGUGUUAAAUCACAAUAAUUCCAAGGUCAGUUAAUAGCUCUCUCUCCCUUCUGGUCAUUAUAAUUCGGGAUGAAUAAAUGUUUUAUUUCAUGAAUACCGAAACUAUUAAGUAUUUUGUAUUCUAACUGACACACCCUCUUUUCUUUUGUUCACACAUCAUUUUGACCUGAAUUCUACAGAAUUUUCACUUUGAGAUUCAGAAUUAUCUGUAUUUUUUGGAUAAUCCUUUUGACUCUCUUGAGAUUUCGGGCUCAAAAAAUCUAAAUCUAAAUUUUUUGAGCCCUACAGAAAUCUGAGCAUCUUGAUCCAAUCCUAAAAUGCAGUGCCCAAAUUGACCUAAAUUCUCAAAAAAUCUGCAACUGAAAUAUUUUUUCUGUGUUGUCAGAUUUUUCGAUUCGAUUUUUAUUAUUGACACAUGUUGUUGUUUUUGCGCUCUCUGAUUUAUUUUGUGUGUGUGUGUUUUUCCACUAAAUCGCUUUCUCACUUUUUCAUUGUUCUGGCUUUUUUUGUUGACUUUUUGAAAUUUGGAAAUACGACUGAAUUUUUUUUCUCAAAAAAAACCCAUAUUUUUUUCAGACUGAAGUUGAGAUAGAAAAUCAGGAAAAUAAAGAAGAAAAUAUAUCUCCUGAGCAAGAAGAAGACGAAAAAGUUGAAGAAGUUAGCGAAAAAGAAUCAGAAACUUUAGAGGUCACACAAGAAGAAUUUGUGAACGACGAAGUUCAAGAAAAAGUUCAAGAAGAACCAGAAGAAUUCAAGAAUUCUGAAGAAACCCUAGAAGUUGAACCAGAAGAGAUCAAGAAUUCUGAAGAGGCCCUAGAGGAAGAAAAUAUUGAAAUUGUAGUUCAAGAGGAAAAACAAGAAGCGGUUGAAGUUCCAAUUCAAGAAAAAGAUCCUGAAGAUCCAAAAGAAGAAUCAAAACUGGCUGAACCUACAGAAAUUCCAGAAAUCCAAAACGCAGAAAUGGAUGCUAUAAAUAUUGAAAACCUCAAAAUCUCUGAUUCCUCACCAACUUCCACAAAUAAUAACAAUAAUGAAAAUGAGCCACAGCCACAGCCAAGUGAGCAAAAACAAGAGAAGAAUAAAAUUGCAAAUGGUACACACACAGUUCGAUCUGGAAUCAGGCCACCAACUGCGGUUUUGAGGAAACCAACUGAAGUUCCAGUUCCAGCUGCGAAACCGAGGUUAGAACUUUGGGGGGGGGGGGGAUGAAAAAAUCAUUUUGAAUUAUGUAAAGCACUUUGAAAUUUGUCCAAUUCCGAAAAUACGCUUUAUAAUAAGUACAAAAAAGUUCUAAGUUUACAAUUUUCUAGAAAUUCGUUUAAAAAAUGCCAUUUUUAGCACUACAAACUAAAAUUCCAAAAAAAAAUCUUGGUUGCCACGUGUCACCAAGGUGUCAAAUUCCAAAAUUAGCCCAGCUUGACCACAAUUAUUCACAAUUAGUUUUUCCAGACCCGUUACAACUACCCCCAAAACACCAAUAACUACACGAAGCACAGCAUCACCAAGACCACAAUCGUAAGUUUUUCUGAAAAUUUGCGAUUUCCUUUUCCACAAUAAUUGUUGCACAAAGAAUAUUUUUCAUUCCUCUUUUUUUCCAGAAAAAUGUCUCGAGAAAGAUCGAAUGUUAUUGAGAAAUCACAAUCAACGAAGAGUAUUGGUGAGUUGGAAAAUUUUUGGAGUAAUAAAUAAAAUGUGUGGUUUUUUUGAAGAUAAUGUUGGGAAAUUUACACCAAAAGUCAAUGCGAAAUUUGUGAAUGUGAGAUCGAAAGUUGGAAGUGUUACAAAUCAUAAAGCAGGUGGUGGAAAUGUGGAGAUUUUUUCGGAGAAAAAGGUGGGAUUUUUGGGGGAAAAAUAUUUGAAUUUCUGAAAUCUGAAAUUGCCUUCGAGUCCCAAAGAGUGUGCAAACACUUUUGCCUACAGUAAGAUUUGAGCUACUAUCUUCAAGAUUUUUAAGACACAUUUUCAGUCCUCCAAAUUAAUUUCAGGAAUAUGUUGUUGGCUCCAAAGUUGGCUCAUUAGCAAACUCGAGUCACACUCCAGGAGGAGGAAAUGUAAAAAUUGAAAAUAGACGUCUUGAUUUCUCCAGCGCCGCUCCAAAAGUCGGAUCAAAAACUAAUUAUACUCCGCAGAAAUCUGAUGUUAAAGUGAGCUAUUUCUCUUUUUUUCUACUUUUUUUAAGUUCAAAAUUCUCAGAUUCACAGUGAGAAGCUUAGCUGGAGUGCACAAUCCAAAGUUGGAUCAAUGGAUAAUGCAAGUCAUCGACCAACUGGUGGAAAUGUUCAGGUAUUGUAUUUAAAAAUUUAUUCCGAAUUAGCUUUUUUGUGUGACAUUGCUCAUUGCUUUCUCUUUUAGAUUCUCAAUCAAAAAUUAAAUUGGAAAGCGGAAAGUAAAGUUGGCUCAAAGGACAAUAUUAAGCAUAAACCUGGAGGUGGAAAUGUUCAGGUAACCUUAAAAUUUUCACGCUUAAAACAUUCACACAGCAAAGAUUUUCAGAUUUUCGACGAAAAAAUUCGAUAUGUUUCUGAGGAUUCGAGUCGUAAUCAUUCAACAAUUGAUAUCAGCUCGCUAUAA